AUGGCGCGAACCAAGCAGACGGCUCGUAAAUCGACGGGUGGCAAGGCACCGCGGAAGCAGUUAGCCACCAAGGCAGCUCGGAAAUCGGCUCCGGCAACUGGCGGGGUAAAGAAACCACAUCGCUACCGUCCUGGCACUGUCGCGCUUCGUGAAAUUCGUCGCUACCAGAAGUCUACGGAGCUGCUCAUUCGCAAACUGCCCUUCCAACGUUUGGUGCGUGAAAUCGCACAGGAUUUUAAGACUGAUCUUCGUUUCCAGUCUUCGGCCGUACUUGCAUUACAGGAAGCAAGCGAAGCCUACUUAGUGGGCCUUUUUGAAGAUACAAAUCUGUGUGCAAUCCAUGCCAAACGUGUUACUAUUAUGCCGAAGGACAUCCAACUUGCUCGUCGUAUUCGUGGCGAACGGGCCUAA